UGUCCUCUGACCUUGUCAAGACUCCUCUGUUCUGUAGCUUUCAUCAUAUUAUUUACACUAAAACAGGAUGACCUUUGACCUAAGUUCUUGCUCUCAAAAUAUCCAGGCACUUAGAAAGCUGUAGACUGCAUGGUCUGACCUGAAGGUACUGACAUCACAAAAUUGUGGGCAUGAAGGGAAGCAGGAGGGUUUUUACUGUCAAUGCACUGGACUAACAAAACAGAGAAAAGAAUAUGUGUUGUAAAAUGGACAAUUUGUGCUUUUUGUUUUUUGUUGUUAUAUGAACCCAUAAUGCUGUAAUAAUACUAUGUUUUAUGGAAGUGUUUGGUUCUAAACUUGUGGUACUAAAGUGAUACUAUAAACUAACUAUAAACUAGUUUUAGUAAAUUCAGUAGUUCAAUCGACUCAAUGUACAUAGAGUGACCAGAAUAAUUUCACAAUAAUCUGCACACUUUAACACUCUUUAAGUUGUAACACUACAGUCAUCUUAUUACUGCAGGACUCUUGUUGGAUUGUAUUAAUUUCUAUUUUCACAUAAUUUUAGAUCCAAACAGAGAACGCAUGUCCAUUAAUACACUUUGCUAUAUUUAUUGACUUGCAUGGCAGUUAUCAUUUAAGAGUUUAUGUUAUAUUCCUUCCAGUAACGGCUGAAUGGUCUUUUUGUCGAAGCCUUGAGUUGAUACUCUGCAGUGAAGAGCCAGACACUAGAUGUGGGAGUAGUUGUAAUGUUCCUGUGCCUACACCUUCAAAUGAGAUUAGUAAACAUGAAGGGGCUUCUGCUCCUGUGUCUGCUCCUCCUGUUUGGAGGUCAAAGGUCAUCAGCGUGCCCCCACCUUUGCUCCUGUGAUGGCGGUCACGUGGACUGCAGCAGCAAGUCUUUCACCUCCUCCUCGCUGCCCACCAGUUUCCCUGCUGGGACCACCGAGCUCCGUCUCAACAACAACCUGCUGACCGCCCUCCCUAACGGGCUCCUGGAUGAUCUGACCUCCCUCCGCUCUGUCUCCUUUCAUGGGAACCCCUGGGUGUGUGACUGUGGCGUCCUCUACCUGCGAGCCUGGCUGCUGCAUCACCACGCCACCGUCACAUUGAACCCGAGCGUCAACUGCAGCUCUCCUCCCGCAUUGAGAGGGCGGCAGGUGAUGUACUUAACCGAGGAGGAGAUCCUGCAGUCCUGCCACUACUGGUACUGUGACCUGGCUUUGGCCUCGCAGGUGUGUCUGCUUGUGUUCGUGUUGGUGCAGGUGGCUCUGCUGGUGGCUCUCAUCGUGUUCCUGAAGAAGUUCGAGAGGCUGUCCAAGGAGGCGAGGAGAACCACAGAGGAGAGCUUCACAGCCGGGGAGAGUCUGAGGGAGGAGGAGUAUGUACCUUUAAAGGACAAUAACAUGUGAGAUGGAAAAAGACUAUUAGACGAAAAGAAGAAAAAGAGCUUUUUAUCAUCUGCACACUGAGAGAAAAUGUCAGUCAGAUUACAUUGUUUUUGUGUUUCAGAAUAUAAUUUCAAAGUUAAUUUUUUUAUGCACAAGCAGAUGACACAGGAAAAACCACAAUGAAUAAGUAGGGAAACAUAACAAAUGCAGAUACUUCCUAACAGGACAUAAGUGGAGUGGUUUGUUAAAUAAUGUGAAUCACUCGCGACAUCACCAGAUCACCACCUCCUUCCUUUAAUUUCUAACUCAUGUAUGUCACUUAUACUGUAUACCACUGGAGAAGAGAGUGAAUAAAAAUAACAAAUAAAAAGAGUCAGCACUCAGCACUGUAGAGUUUUGAGGCUAAUACUGAUAUUGUCCUUUCAAAGUAAGAAUUUCUUUAUCUGUUGGACAAUGCUCAUUUCAUUCAGAGAAAAGGAGAGGCGCUGUAAAAUGCAAAGAAGUGUGGAAAUGCUUCUAUGCUGUUUUGCAGUUGUGCACAAAGAGCAAAUUAAAAUGUCUUUCUUUUCUGUGUUUGACAGCUUCCAUCCUUUUUUCAGUGACAACAUUUUUUUUCUAAGUGUUAUCUCUGAAAACAGGAAGCCCUCUUCCUCUGUUUCCUGUGAUGUAUUCAUUUAAAACAUUAGAGAAGAUAGUAAGGAUCAGGAUCCCUUUAGUUUGGUUAAUAAAAAGUUGGGAACAUUGGAGGCUUAUGAAGUGUAAUUUACAGAAAUAAACUUGUCAGGUCCCUGUGGUGGCCUUGUUAUUUACCAGCCAACACAUAUGCUUGUUCCUAUGGGCUUGCAUCAUAACCUUAUUUCAGUUGAUAAUAUUGGUAUUGCAUGUUUAUUCUGUGCACAGUAUAGAUCAACUUAGUCAUGUGCAUAUGGACAGUAACGUCUACACACUUGUACUCAUUGCACUCAUUCCCAAUUAAUUUAUUUUUGUUCACAUGUCAAAUAUACCACAUAAUCAUGCCACAUAAUGAUCACAGGAAGAAACCACACAGGCCCUUUCUACCUUGACCAAAACCCAUGUGACUAAAACAUCAAAUUCCAGCUUUCUUUCUUCAAAGGCCCAUGUGGUUGAAAAGCUGAUAAAUGAUAAUAGAUGUAACAAGUAACACGUUUCCUGUACAUAAUCAGCACUUUGACAUGUUUUUUUUUUGUGGAUGUGAGUCUAAGAUGUGAGAAAUUGUUAUGUUUGAAAUACUUAAAAAAAUGUUAUAUCUGUGUAAUAGCUGGCAAUUUUAUAUGUUUUUCUGAUAUUUUUUCACUUAUUUCAAGUUAUUUGGCAUUUUUUAUUAAUAUAUUGUGUAAUUUGUUAAAUAUGCGGGAAAAAAAAUAUAUUUUUGAUUGUGCCAUAUUAAUGCUAAUCCUACAUACAAUUUUAAAUACUUCAUUAUGGAACAGCAUUCUGAUCUUUUAGACACAAAACAAAUGUGAAAGGUUUAAUCAAAAUGUAUUCACAGUUCAUGGCAAUACUGCAUAUUUCUUUGUUAAUAUACUCUCUUAAUCAAUUUUAUUGGAUUAUGGAUUGCAUUAAUAAAGACGUUUAAUUGGAAAAUUAAAUGCAC